AUGCCUGCUGCCUGGGAUAGAGACCUCGGCGAGGCCUGUGUGGUGGACAGGGGCAGCCCCAAUGUGGAGAGGAGCGACUUGAACCUUGAGGGAGCGCAUGAGGCCAUCUCCUCUUUUCCAGUAAAAGAGGUGCACGAGCCCCCGCCAAAGAACACCAGCAGGUGCAAUGUGCCUUCAGAGAGCAUGUACAAGCAUCUUUACUGGCGCAGUUUGACUGAUGCAGACAACUUCUGGAGGGAGAAAGCCCUCGAGAAGCUGCGCUGGUCGCAUCCCUUCACCAAGACACAACACGGAUCCCUGAAAAACGGGGAUAUGUCUUGGUUCCUUAACGGCAAGCUGAAUGUGUGCGACAAUUGUGUGGACCGGUGGGCUGAACAAUACCCCCAGAGGAUCGCCUUGAUUUAUGAGGGCGACACUUCAAAAGACAGCCAAGUCGUCACAUACAAGGAACUGCAAGACCAAGUUUGCCGUUUUGCGAAUCUCCUCAAGAGUCUAGACGUGCGAAAAGGGGAUAUCGUGACAAUCUACCUGCCCAUGAUGCCAGAAAUCGUUUACGCCAUGCUGGCAUGUGCGAGGAUCGGCGCGGUGCACAGCGUGGUCUUUGCAGGCCUCUCUGCCAACAGCUUGGCAGAGCGUCUCGAGGAUGCCAACAGCCGAGUGUUGAUUACAGCCACGAAAAGCACGAGGGGUGGCAGAGAGGUGCACCUAAAGAAGGUUGUCGACGAGGCCCUAGAACACGUUUCCUGCGUGAAGCACGUAGUUCUCUUCAGAAAGUCCGAAGAUCCUUCCUCCUUUGUGGAGGGCCGGGACCUCUCUGGCGACGAUCUUCUUCCGCAGAUGCGCCCAUACUGCCCGCUUGAGAUUAUGGACAGCGAAGAUCUGCUCUUCAUCCUCUAUACCUCUGGCUCUACAGGAAAGCCAAAGGGUGUCUGCCACACCAUCGCUGGCUAUCUGUUGUACGCCGCGCUAACGCACGAAUACAUCUUUGAUUACCACCCUGGCGACACAUUUGGUUGCCUUGCGGACUGCGGCUGGAUCACGGGCCACUCGUACACCGUCUAUGGACCACUCUGCAAUGGGGCCACUACGGUGCUCUUCCAGGGGAUCCCAACGUAUCCUCACCCUGGAAGGUACUGGGAUUUAGUGCAGAAGUGGAGGAUCACGCAGCUCUACACGUCUCCCACCGCCAUCAGGGCCCUAAUGCAGCAUGGAGAUGAGUGGCCCAAGAAGUACGACCUGAGCACUCUUAGGGUAAUCGGCUCCGUGGGUGAGCCGAUCAAUCCGGAAGCCUGGCGAUGGUACUAUGAGAACAUCGGCAAAGGCCAGUGCUCUGUUGUGGACACGUACUGGCAGACAGAAACUGGAGGACACGUUCUCGCGCCCUUCCCAGGGGCAACCAUCACCAAACCGGGGUGUGCAAUGGUCCCAUUUUUCGGCAUUGAGCCCGCAAUUGUCGAUCCACAAACAGGAGAAGAGAAGAAGGGCAAUGAAGUCUGCGGAGUUCUCUGCCUAAAGCGGCCUUGGCCAGGAAUGUGCCGGACGGUCCACAGGGCGCACAAGCGACUCGUGAACACGUAUCUACAACCAUAUCCCGGAUACUAUUUCACAGGAGAUGGGGCAUAUCGGGAUGCUGACGGCCACUACUGGAUAACGGGCCGCGUUGACGAUACGCUAAAUGUCUCAGGCCACAGGCUCAGCACAGCAGAGAUCGAGCACGCUUUGGUGCAGCACCCCCGCAUUGUGGAGGCGGCUGUCGUUGGCGUCCCACACGAGGUGAAGGGCACAGCUAUUUUCUGCUUCGUCAUCCUCAAGGCUGGGGAGACGCCAGCUGGAGUGAUCGACGAGGCCAGGAAACAAGUGAGGAAAGAGAUCGGUCCGAUUGCCACACCUGACUUUAUUGUUAUUGCUCCCGGCCUGCCCAAGACACAGAGCGGGAAGAUCAUGAGACGCCUUUUACGUAAGCUGUGUUGCCUUGACCAGAGUCUGGGAGACACAACCUCUCUGGCCAAUGCCGAGGUCAUUCCGUCGCUGCAGGGCCUAAUUAUGGAGACCGUCCUGGCAGAACGCAAAACCCCAACUACAACUGCAGCAGAAAAAGCCGCGACGAGCGGGAAAAAAGCAAAACACAACUCGUCGUGA